AGAUUCUUGAGGAGGCAGUGUAGGUGGAAAGAAAGAAACUAAAAAGAGAAACAAAAAAUAAAAAAAAAUGGGAAUUCCAUCAGAAAUGAGAAAUACCUGGCUGAAUAAAAGAAGAGAAUCGUUGUGGAUUACAUCUCCAGCUGAAGAAGAGAAGAUUCGUCGAUCAAGGGAGUGCACUCGAGAAGGUGUACGUGCAGGAGCCAAGGCAGCUGCAAUUGCUUGUGUUGCCAGUGCUAUCCCAACGUUGACUGCUGUUCGAACAAUUCCUUGGGCUAAGGCAAAUCUCAACUAUACUGCCCAGGCACUCAUUAUAUCUGGCGCUUCUAUUGCAGCAUACUUUAUAACUGCAGACAAAACUAUCUUGGAGUGUGCCAGGAGAAAUACACAAUACGAUAAAUCAGCUUAAAGCGAAGGAGGAUCUGCUGGUGUAGUUGCAACAUCUAGUAAUUAUGUACAUCUCCUGCUAUGGCCACCACCGCCUGCAUUACUGCAUAUGAGUUGGAUGUUGUUUUCCAAAGUUUUGUGUAAUGCCUAACCUAAAUCUUUCUUCGAUGUCUCUUCUAGGUAGAAUUCGAAUCAGAACUGCCUUAUCUUUAUGCUUCACUUAAGCGCAAGGUGGUGGUUCCACAUCUUCCUUGGUUGGUUGUUUACAAACGCUUGCUAAGGUGCUUUUUGCUUGGGUUCUAGGACAAUUUCGUCAUUCUUGAUUUUCCA